UCUCAAUCUCCUACAAUGGCUUCUGCUCAAUGGCUAGCUCUCAUCCUUGCAUUGCUCCUUAUCAUUAUCCAUUUACUAACCAAAGAUAGAAAGCAAAACAAGAGGCUUCCUCCAGGCUCAAUGGGGAUUCCAAUCAUAGGCCAGAGCCUCAGUCUUCUCCGAGCAAUGCGCACAAACACCGGCGAGAGGUGGAUUGAGGACCGAAUCAAUAAAUAUGGGUCAAUAUCCAAGCUCUCACUCUUUGGCCAGCCAACUGUGUUUCUCACCGGUCCAGCAGCAAAUAAGUUCAUCUUCUCUAAUGACUCGCUAGCCCUUAAACAGCCACAGUCCUUCACAAGGAUCAUUGGAAGCCGGAACAUGACUGAGUUUGUAGGUGCUGAUCAUAAGCGGCUUCGAGGUGCAGUCAGUUACUUCUUGAAACCUGAGAUCUUGAGGAAGUAUGUUGGUAAACUUGAUGAAGAGAUCAGACAACACUUCAGAACCAAUUGGUUUGGCCAUCAGCAAGUUAAGGUUUCACCAUCAAUGAAGCGUCUGACGUUCAAUGCCAUGUGUGCCACAAUAUUUGGGAUUAAACAGGGAACAACUAGAGAACUUCUAGUGAAUGAGUUCAAGUAUAUGAUGGCUGGAAUGUGGACAGUGCCUAUUAACUUGCCGUUCACUCGCUUCCAUAACAGCCUGAAAGGCAGAGAAAAAGUUGGGAAGAUACUCACCAGAAUCAUAGAGGAGAAGAGAAGUGCAUUGCAGAAAGGCCAGUGUUCCUCAGAGGAUGAAGAUCUCAUAACUUACUUGCUUAGCUUAGGUACUGAUAAUGAUGAGACCUUUACUGAGGAAGAGAUCCUGGACAAUGCCGUGCUUUUGAUGAUCGCCGGACAUGAUACAACGGCUAUCGUUCUCACAUUCAUUUGUCGGCAUCUUGCCAAUGAUGCAGUCACUUAUGCUGCUGUUCUCAACGAACAAGAAGAGAUAGCUAAAAGUAAAGCACCAGGUGAGGCUCUAACAUGGGAUGAUCUUCUCAAGAUGAAGUAUACAUGGAGGGUAGCUCAAGAGAUUUUGAGGACAAUUCCCCCAGCAUUUUUUGGAUUCAGAAGAGUGAUCAAAGAUGUUGAAUUUGGUGGUUAUCUCAUUCCAAAAGGAUGGCAAGUGUUUUGGACUACAAGCGUAACACACAUGGAUGGAAGUAUCUUCAAAGAACCAGAAAGGUUCGAUCCGUCACGCUUCGAGAAGCAAUCGGAGAUUCCACCAUACUGUUUUGUUCCGUUUGGAGCAGGGCCAAGGAUAUGUGCAGGCUAUGAGUUUGCCAAGACAGAGAUGCUGGUAGCAGUGCACUAUAUGGUCACUAGAUUCAAAUGGAGUUUAUGUUGCAAAGAUGAUACUUUUAUUAGAGAUCCAAUGCCAUCUCCAAAGGAGGGGCUCCCUGUUCUGAUUGAAGUCAAGGCUAGUCUAUAAGAAGUUCUCCGUGCUGUUGAAUUUUAAAAGGGCCAUGGUCAUGGUUUGCCUGUCUUAUCCUCUUCUCCCCAAGGUAUAGUUGUGGUUUUUCUAAUAAAUUAGCCUCCUGGCUAUUUCCUA